AUGAGUUUGGGUGACUUCCUAAACAAUGACCAAUAUGGGUCUUGGGCCGAUGAGAUGGAGGACAUGCCCACCAUUCCCUCUAGCGGAGAGCGAACUGGUUACGGCAACCGUUCCCGUAACGACUAUGGAAGUUCCGGUCGUACUGGCUCUUUCGGCGGACCUGGAGCAGAUGGGUAUUCUCGUCGCCCCGAACUUCCUCUGCCAACUAAGCCACCAUUCACAGCUCACGUCGGAAAUCUCUCUUUCGAUGCUAGCGAAGAUGACAUCUCCGAAUACUUUGCUCAAUGCGAUAUUUCAAAUGUGAGACUUGUUCGUGACAGAAUUGGCGACCGCCCUAAGGGAUUCGGCUAUGUCGAAUUUCACACCUUGGAUGGCCUCAAGAAAGCCCUUGACCUCAACAACGGAAUAAUUCGUCAACGUAAUGUCAGAAUCAGCGUUGCUGAUCCUCCAAAGGAUCGAGCGGAUGAUCGCACAAAUGUUGAUACCUGGCGCCGCACUGGACCUCUUCCACCAGCUGAAGCCCCUCCCAUGAGACGUAAUAACAGUAGAUACAACGAUAACGCCAGCGAGUCUGGCGGUGACAAUUUCUCCCGCCGUGGCAGCGGAUACGGCCAUCACAAUGAAGGCGAUGGCAAGUUCAGAGAUUACAACAACUGGGAGCGAAAGGGACCUCUUCCACCACCAACACCAACAGAUACACAAUCCGAAUCAGGACGCCCGCCGCGACAUGACCGUGGAGACAGGAGACGGUCCCCCGCUGUUAAUCCUUUCGACCGGGAAAGGCAGCCAUCUCUCCAAGGCGAGGAGCGUUCGGAGAGAACUGAGCGCCCCCGACGAGAGUACAACAGACCUCCAGCACCAGAGCGUGUUCCCACUGCCGCCGAGAAGGAUACUCAAUGGCGCCGAGGAGCCAAACCCGAUAUUCCAGAAGAACAACUGAAGGAGCAAUACAAGGCGCAACCACAAACACCAACCCUCCCUCCACCCUCUCCUGCUCACCCACCAAAGGGGGCUCACCCACCCUCCGGCCCGAAGGGAAGCUAUGUCCCACCUCCAAGCCCCGGUGCACCCCACACCCGACCAAAGCUUGAGUUGAAGAAGAGAAGUGAGGCUCUACCAGUUGACGCCAACCAGCCAGCAUCCCAUUCUGAUGCCAAGGCAAACCCCUUCGGUGCUGCCCGCCCUAUUGAUACCAGCGCCCGAGAGAAAGAAAUAGAGGAAAAGAAAGCUAAGCAGACCGCCGAACGAAAAGCAAAGGAUGAAAAAGUGAAGGAAGAGAAGAAAGCUGCCGCUCAAGCCGCCAAGGCUGAAAAGGCAGAGAAGAAAGCUCGGGGAGAGGGAGAACCCGAAACUCCAAGUGCCACACGCAGCUUUGACCUUCUCCGACGGGCCUCAGCUACUAAUAACACUGACGACAUCAAUCCAGCUGAGCUUGACCCCGAAGAAUCUACCGAAACCAAGGAAGAGCUAAAACAACCAGCCAAGGCUACCCCUAAGGUCUCCCUUCCUAGCGACCAAACUCCUAAGCAGCUUGAAGACGAAGAAGGCUGGUCCACUGUCAAGAGGGGUCGCGGUACCAAUGGAAAGGCUUAG